GAAGAAAAGCAGCUCGAAUCUUGGAUAAAAGGACAAUUCAAUUCCCCUGUCCUCUCUCUCUCUCUAUCAUUUUCUCACUCUUCUCCUCUCUCUCUCUCUCAGACGCGGUCUGGUUCCACUGUAGACUGUACUUCCUCUGCUUCACACACACACACACACACAUACUGUCUGAAAGAGAGAGAGAGAGAUAGAGGGAGCAUUCGACAUUAAAGAUGGUGCAGAGCUCAACGAAAUGCAAAUGGGUUUCAGUGUUGGUGUUUCUCUUUGCUUUCUCUGCUGCUGCUGCCGUAGUUGAAGAUGGCGCACUUGUGAAUGGUGACUUCGAGACCCCACCGUCCGGCGGAUUCUCUUCGGACGGCGGAGUUUCCGACGGCCCAGCCGUAAUCCCCAGCUGGAAAACUAAUGGAACUGUGGAGCUAGUUGAGUCCGGGCAAAAACAGGGUGGGAUGAUCCUCAUCGUACCACAGGGUGCACACGCUGUUCGCCUUGGGAACGACGCCGAGAUCAGCCAGGAAGUCAAGGUGGAGAAGGGCUCGCUCUACUCCGUCACGUUCAGCGCGGCCCGCACGUGCGCGCAGCUAGAGUCACUGAAUGUGUCUGUUCCCCCCGCGUCACAGACCAUCGAUCUGCAGACUCUGUACAGUGUUCAGGGCUGGGAUUCGUACGCGUGGGCUUUUCAGGCGGAGGAGGAGGAUGUGCGGGUGGUGUUCAGAAAUCCUGGCAUGGAGGACGACCCCACUUGUGGACCCAUCAUUGAUGACAUCGCUAUCAAGAAGCUGUUCGUGCCGGAUAAGCCCAAAGAUAAUGCAGUUGUCAACGGAGAUUUUGAGGAAGGGCCAUGGAUGUUCAGAAACGAGUCGCUCGGAGUACUGCUCCCCACCAACCUUGAUGAAGAUACAUCCUCUCUCCCAGGUUGGAUUGUUGAAUCAAACAGAGCUGUCCGCUACAUCGACUCCUAUCAUUUCACGGUCCCGGGAGGCAAACGAGCCAUCGAGCUGCUCUCCGGGAAGGAAGGCAUAAUCUCGCAAAUGGUGGAAACCAAACCUAACAAGCCUUAUCGACUGACAUUCUCAUUGGGACACGCAGGGGACGCCUGCAAGCAGCCGCUGGCCGUCAUGGCAUUUGCUGGUGACCAGGCUCAAAACAUACACUACACGCCCGAUUCGAAUUCCACGUUUCAGUCCGCGAAUGUCAACUUCACUGCCAAGGCGGAAAGGACACGGAUCGCCUUCUACAGCGUGUAUUACAACACGAGAACUGAUGAUAUGAGCUCGUUGUGUGGUCCGGUGGUGGAUGAUGUAAGAGUUGAGCAGUCAGGGUCAAUAAGAAUUAGGAUGGGGGGAUUGGGAUUGUUUUUGUGCUUCCAGUUGCUAUUUAUGGUUUUGUUUUAGAUAGAAGGGUGUUAGUGGUAUUUGUGGCUUGAUGAUAUAUGUUUAUGGUGCAUGCAUGGCGAUGUUGGCAAACCAAUUCCCAUGUUGACGUUGUAUUGCGUUUAAGUUUUUUUGGGUUUUCCGUUGAUGGAAAUGAUAUGUUGGUCAGCUUAAUUGAGUCAA